AUGAGAUUGGUGACACUGCUUUCGGGGCUUGUGAGCCUUGUGAGUGUGUUUGGUCUGGAGCUUGAUCUGGAUGAUUACGCUUCUUUGCAGAAUGCGACUGCGCUAGUCGCUUACGGUUUGAUGGAUUAUUACACCGGUGACCAGUAUGGUAAGACUGUGGGGAUGUUUUCUGAUCCGUACUACUGGUGGCAGGCCGGUGGUGCCUGGGGUUGCAUGCUCGACUACUGGUACUUCAUGCAGAACGAUACGUACAACGACAAGAUCAUGGCAGCGCUGCUGCACCAGACCGGUGACAACAACGACUACGUGCCUCUGAACCAGUCUACCACCGAGGGUAACGAUGACCAGGCCUUCUGGGGUAUCGCUGUGAUGCAGGCCGCGGAGAGGAAGUUCCCCAACCCGCCAGAUGACAAGCCGCAGUGGCUGUACCUGACGCAGGCCGUUUUCAACACCAUGGCGCUGCGUUGGGACUCCGAGACGUGUGGCGGUGGUCUCAGAUGGCAGAUUUUCGUGUGGAACUCCGGUUACGACUACAAGAACACCGUCUCCAACGGUGCACUGUUCCACAUCGCCGCAAGACUGGCCAGGUACACCGGUAACCAGAGUUACGUGGACUGGGCAGAGAGAGUCUACGACUGGAUGGAAGACGUGCACCUAAUCGAUAACGGCACAUACAGAUACGUGUACGAUGGUGUUAGUAUAAACGACAACUGUACAACAGUCACCAAGUACCAGUGGACUUACAACCAGGGUCUGAUGCUUUCCGGCUCUGCCUACUUGUUCAACAUGACAGGCUCCGAUCUGUGGCACGAAAGAACACACGCUUUCCUGAACGCAUCCCGUGUCUUCUUCAACAACUCGAUCCUGUAUGAAGCCGCAUGUCAAGGCCCAAACACUUGUAACACAGAUCAACGUUCCUUUAAGGCCUACUUCGCCCGUUUCCUGGGCUCGACCGCAGAACUAGUCCCAGAGACUAGGCAACAGAUCAUGACCUGGUUGAACACUUCCGCUCUAGCGGCAGCAAAAUCUUGCUCCGGUGGUACAGAUGGACACACCUGUGGUUUGAACUGGUUCCGCGACGACUGGGACGGUAUGUACGGUCUUGGUGAACAGAUGGCUGCCCUUGAAGUGAUGGUAAACACACAAGCUCUAAAGAGAGCACCACCUUAUAACGCCACAAAUGGUGGUAACUCUACUGGUGAUGGUGCUGCUGGUACAAAACCACAUCCAACCAACUUGGCUCCUCUUCAUAUUACUGGUGGUUCUAGAGCUGGUGCUGGUAUCAUUACAGCUAUCAUCGGUAUUUCAAUUAUUGCAUGUGCACUAUGGUUAGUUUACUGA